UCCCGGAGCCGGCGGCGGCCUAAGUGAUGGACGAGACGAGCCCCCUGGUGUCCCCCGAGCGGGCCCAACCCCCGGACUACACCUUCCCGUCGGGCGCUGCCAACCACUUCCCGCAGGUGCCGGGCGCCGCGGUCCGAGUGGCGGCGGCGGCGGCGGCAGCGGCGGCGGCGGCCGGCCCGGCGCCUUCUCCCCCCGGCUCGCCCGGCCACGACCGGGAGCGGCAGCCGCUGCUGGACCGGGCCCGGGGCUCGUCGGCGCCGGGCCAGGCGCAGGUGGUGGCGGCGCAGGCGCAGGCCCUGGCGGCCCAGGCGGCCCAGGCGGCGGCGGCCCACGCCGCGCAGGCCCACCGCGAGCGCAACGAGUUCCCCGAGGACCCCGAGUUCGAGGCGGUGGUGCGGAACGCCGAGCAGGCCAUCGAGCGCGGCAUCUUCCCCGAGCGCAUCUACCAGGGUUCCAGCGGCAGCUACUUCGUCAAGAACCUGCAGGGGAAGAUCAUUGGUGUCUUCAAACCCAAGAAUGAAGAGCCAUAUGGGCAACUUAAUCCUAAAUGGACCAAGUGGCUACAGAAGCUGUGCUGUCCCUGCUGCUUUGGUCGAGACUGCCUUGUUCUUAACCAGGGCUAUCUCUCAGAAGCAGGGGCCAGUCUGGUGGAUCAGAAACUGGAACUCAACAUUGUUCCCCGUACAAAGGUCGUAUACCUGGCCAGUGAGACCUUCAACUAUAGUGCCAUUGAUCGAGUGAAGUCCAGGGGCAAGCGCCUUGCAUUAGAGAAAGUGCCAAAAGUUGGACAGCGGUUUAAUCGCAUUGGUCUACCACCAAAGGUUGGUUCAUUUCAGCUCUUCGUUGAAGGCUACAAAGAUGCAGACUUUUGGCUACGGCGUUUUGAAGCAGAACCUCUCACUGAGAACUCCAACCGGCAUCUCCUGCUGCAAUUUGAGCGGUUGGUGGUGCUCGAUUACAUCAUCCGAAAUACUGAUCGAGGCAAUGACAACUGGCUGAUUAAAUAUGACUAUCCCAUGGAUAGUUCUGAUUCUCGGGACACAGAUUGGGUAUUGGUGAAGGAUCCUAUUAUCAAGGUUGCUGCUAUAGACAAUGGGCUGGCUUUCCCCUUAAAGCAUCCUGACUCUUGGAGGGCAUAUCCUUUUUACUGGGCCUGGUUGCCCCAGGCGAAAAUACCAUUCUCUCAGGAGAUCAAAGAUCUGAUUCUUCCAAAGUUAUCAGACCCUAACUUCAUCAAGGAUUUGGAGGAGGACCUCUAUGAACUUUUUAAGAAAGAUCCUGGUUUUGACAGAGGCCAGUUCCACAAGCAGAUUGCUGUCAUGCGGGGACAAAUCCUGAAUCUGACACAGGCCCUGAAGGAUAACAAGAGCCCCCUGCACCUGGUACAGAUGCCGCCCGUGAUCGUGGAGACAGCACGCUCGCACCAGCGCUCCAACUCCGAGUCCUACACACAGAGCUUUCAGAGUCGGAAGCCUUUCUUCUCUUGGUGGUAGCCCCACAGGCCCCAGAGGCACUGACUGGCACUGUCAGAGACUUGGGCUGGGAGGAAGCCUAGGAUCGGGGGUGAGGAAGCCUGAGAGAAGAGAGCAGUGCCCUUGAGAGCCCCAGCAAGCAACACCUGCAGGGGGCUUGGACCCUUCUGAGGGUGCAGGGUGCUUGGGGCUCCUGUCAGUGUCCCUGUGCUGGGGAAGGAGCAGCUCCUUUUGGCAGCCCCUGAGGCAGGCUGAGGACUUGCCUCUCCUCCCUGACACCCUUCUCUUGCAAUUCCUCCUUAUAUUCUGCAUCAGAAACAAAACAGAAUGUUUAAAUACUAGUAGCUUCACCUAGGCAGGAUCCCAGCUCUCUUCCCCCAUACUUGUGGUUGGGAACAUUCGGAUGCCUGAUUCCAGUGGACCAAGGCAGCCGGCAAGGUGAACCAGGGCCACAUCAUUCCUUCGGGUCUUUGCCAAGUUCCUGUUCCCCUCUUUUCCCACCAGUGCAAUAGAUGGACAAAAAGUCCCUGAAAACACCCGUGGUGGUGAUCCUUCUGCUCCAGAACCAACUCCGGCAGCUCUGCUGUCUGCUGGGACUGCCUCUUGCCUUGUCUCUUCUCAAAGGCAGGAGGCAAGAUGCUGACUUCCCAGCAGGCAAGAGCAUCUAUGUGGCAGAAGUGUGUGUGGGAGCACCCUUGUUCUAAGGGUAAAUGGUCCCAGACAUGCUUCC